AUGGGAGUGCAGUUUAUCUUGUGUUUGAACAGACGGGGGAAAGUGCGGUUGCAACGGUGGUACUAUCCAUGUGACGAGGAGAGGCGGCGGUUUACAAUAGAGGAUGUACAUUAUAGGGUCGGUGAAGCUCUUGCGCACGGUGGGGGGAACACGAUCCCCUAUGGAGCCACAUUGAAGCUGGUCUUUAAGCGGUACAAUGGGGUGACGUUUAUUGUGUGUGUGCCGUGUUUGGAGAACGAGCUCUACUACUUGCAGAGCAUUCCAGCAUUUGUGCGAGAGCUUGACAUGGAGCUUGAGAAUGUCAGUGAGCUGGACCUGGUUUACAAUUUCCACAAGAUGGAUGCCAUUCUGGACCGGUUCUACAACUGUGGGGAGUUGAUGUUGAAGGGAGACAAUUAA